AAGCCACGAAACGCAAAUUCUAACUUCACAUUCUCAACCCACCCACUCCAAGACAUGGCUUCUCCUCGUUCUUGGUUGUCUUUUCAUGUCUCAUCAUUCAUAGUGACAAUUCUCAUUUUUUGCUUGUCACAUUGUGCUCUUUGCCUUGAUGGACAAACCGUUGUAGACUCUCCUUUGUUAACAGAAAAAUUAGGAAUCAAUCGCACCAUCAAAGUAGAUAUCAAUGGCAAUGGAGAGUUCAAAUCUAUCCAAGCUGCCAUAGAUUCCAUUCCUGAAGGAAAUUCUAAAUGGGUCAUCGUCCAUGUUAGAAAAGGAAUAUACAGAGAAAAGGUGCACGUACCACAAAAUAAGCCUUAUAUAUUCAUGAGAGGGAAUGGGAGAGGAAAAACUGCCAUAGUUUGGUCUCAGAGCUCUGAAGAUAACAUAGAUUCUGCCACCUUCAAAGUCGAAGCACACGACUUCAUUGCCUUUGGAAUUAGCUUCAAGAAUGAGGCACCUACGGGGAUUGCAUAUACCUCGCAAAACCAAUCAGUGGCAGCAUUUGUGGCAGCAGACAAAGUGGCAUUUUAUCAUUGCGCAUUUUACAGUACUCAUAAUACUCUUUUCGAUUACAAAGGUAGACAUUACUAUGAAAGUUGCUACAUUCAAGGCUCAAUUGAUUUCAUAUUUGGCCGUGGCAGAUCGAUCUUCCAUAAAGCGGAUAUAUUUGUGGUGGAUGACAAAAGGGUAACGAUUAAAGGUUCAGUCACAGCUCAAAAUAGGGAAAGUGAAGGUGAGAUGAGCGGGUUUAUCUUCAUCAAAGGAAAGGUUUAUGGCAUUGGAGGGGUGUACCUAGGAAGAGCAAAGGGUCCUUAUUCUAGGGUGAUUUUUGCUGAGACGUAUCUAUCUAAGACCAUUGUCCCAGAAGGGUGGACCAAUUGGAGCUAUGAUGGUAGCACAAAAGAUCUAUACCAUGCGGAGUACGAAUGCCAUGGACCUGGAGCUUUAACAACGGGACGUGCUCCUUGGUCUAGGCAGCUAACUAAGGAAGAAGUUGCUCCUUUCAUAUCAAUAGAUUACAUAGAUGGCAAGAAUUGGUUGCCAGCGUGGGUAUAAUCGUGUUGUUCUCAUGCAAAGCUUUUAGAUGGAGAAUGAAGGACGUGAGAGACUCUUGAAUAUGCAUUUGGAUUGUGUUAGCAGAUGCUGCAUUGUGUAGUCACUUUGUCAUGACACAGCUUGUAAUUUAUAGUAGUACUUUAGAUUUAUGCCUAGUUCGCAUUUUAGAUUGAAUUAAAAUUAUCAAAGAUCAACCGUUUUUAAGAGUAGGUAUCGUUAUUGCCUUGUACUUGUCUUCUUUGGCUCUUGUUAAUGCUAUAAAAGAUUAUUUGAGUUAAACCAGAAACAUG